AUGGGCGUCAAGCGUCAACCGCUCCACUGCCUCUCUGCUCUCCCGCUUUGCCGGUUGAAGAAUUACAGAUAAGCGAAAAUGGUGUCGUCAGCAGUGGUAAAUACGUAUCCACUGCCAAGCUACACUUUCGGCGCCAAAGAGCCCAAAAUGGAGAAAGACACCUCCGUCGCCGAUCGCCUUGCCCGCAUGAAAGUCAAUUACAUGAAGGAGGGGAUGAGGACUAGCGUCGAAGGAAUUUUGUUGGUAGAAGAGCAUAAUCAUCCCCAUAUUCUUCUUCUGCAAAUUGGAAAUACUUUCUGUAAACUCCCAGGUGGCCGACUGAAGCCGGGAGAGAACGAAAUUGAAGGCUUGAAAAGGAAACUUUCCAGCAAACUCGCUGUGAAUUCACCUGGUCUUGAGCCAGAUUGGCAGAUAGGUGAAUGUGUGGCAACAUGGUGGAGACCAAAUUUUGAAACCACAAUGUACCCUUACUGCCCUCCACAUAUAGCAAAACCCAAAGAGUGCAAGAAGCUUUUCAUUGUUCACCUGUCAGAGAGAGAGUACUUUGCUGUUCCGAAGAACUUGAAACUUCUUGCUGUUCCGUUAUUUGAACUCUAUGACAAUGUUCAGAGAUACGGACCUGUAAUUUCCACCAUUCCGCAGCAGCUAUCCCGUUUCCAGUUCAACAUGAUCCACUCAUAGAUUCUUCCUAGAAACUCAUACGAAGAUAGAUGCACCCAGAGAAUUCAAAUUUUCAUUUAAGAGCCUGGUUUCUUCCCGCAGCCUUGGUUUGUGGAAGAUGUCACAUUAUGAUUGAAGUCUUCUCUUAUUUCUAAAACUUGUUGAGCAUUUUGCUGAACACAAACGAAAUUUGACGUCUAGAUUGCUGUAGGGGAUUCAAUGUAAGAAUUGUUGAUGGUUCUUUUGACAUAUUUGGUAAGUUGAAUUAGAUUCCAGUAUUGCGCACGAAAUAUGCCCCGUAGGCGUGGGGACAGGAUUAGAAUGGUGGUACUGGGCUUAUUAAUGUUGUCCCUGCAAAUGUGUUCUAGCCAAGAUGUAACACUGAUGAAGUAAUGUUCAAUCUUUGGAUUGAGCUUAAAA